UCUGCCCGGUGGUAUGCAUGCUAGUGCUUUCAAACUGUUAUGUCGUGUUAUUUACGAGCCAGGUAGCUUCUGAACGUCAUCUCCGUGCGUCCCAGGACAAGUAAACAUUUCCGCUGUGUCGCGAUCACCGCGAUGGACUCAAACAAGGACGAAGCGGAGCGGUGCAUUAAAAUAGCCAUAAAUGCGGUCAACAACAACCAGCUGGACAAAGCAAGGAAAUUUCUAGAGAAGGCACAGCGCCUGUUUCCGACAAACCAGGCAAAAAACUUAUUGGAGUCGUUAACGCAGAAUGGAAAGCCUCCAGGUGAGAAUGGCAGCUCUGUAAAUGGAGAAGGACCCAAUAUGAGGCAACGCAGCCACGGAGAGGAGCCUGAUGUGUCCGCACGGGGGGCCACAGACACGGCCAAACCAUACACUGCAGAUCAGAUGGACGCUGUUAGAAAGAUUAAGAGCUGUAAAGAUUAUUACCAAAUUCUGGCGGUUGAAAAGACUGCCUCUGAGGAGGAUCUUAAAAAGGCUUACAGAAAACUGGCUCUGAAAUUUCAUCCAGAUAAAAAUCACGCACCUGGAGCCACAGAGGCAUUUAAAGCUAUUGGUAAUGCCUAUGCCGUGCUGAGUAACACUGAGAAACGAAGGCAGUAUGACCAGUACGGAGAGGAGAAAUCACACCCAACCAGACAGAGACACCAUCGUGACUUUGAAGCAGACAUCUCGCCUGAGGACCUCUUCAACAUGUUCUUUGGUGGAGGCUUCCCAUCAAGUAACGUACACGUUUACAGAAAUGGAAGAAUGCACUUUGCUCACAAUAAUAGGCAAGAAAGACGAGAACAGCAGAGAGAUGGAGGCCUGGCUCUGUUUGUCCAGCUGAUGCCCAUCUUAAUCCUCAUCAUUGUUUCUGCUCUUAGCCAGAUGAUGGUCACCCAGCCUCCCUACAGCCUUAGCUACCGCGCGUCAGCUGGACAUAUUCACAAAAGGCAUACAUCUAACCUGAAGGUGCUUUUCUACGUGGGAGAACGUUUCAAUGAAGAAUUUUCUGGGAAUAACCUGAAGAAUGCUGAGAGAAGUGUAGAAGAAGACUACAUCUCCAACCUCAGAAACAACUGUUGGAAGGAGAAGCAGCAGAAGGAAGGCUUACUGUAUCGUGCUCGUUACUUUGAGGAUUCUGAGUUGUACAAGAGGGCAGCAGAGAAUGGGGACUCCCAGCUGUUCCAGACUAUCUGAGAUUCAGGUUAUAUUGGAUGGCUAGAAACCACUUGUGCACAUAUGGGUUCGUCGGUACUUGAAUCUAAUUAGAAGAAAUCGGUCAGAGCCCGCUGAAAUUGGAGCAUAUUUCUGCAGCAAACCAAGAGAAUCAAAAAUGCCUUACGUGCAGUGGGCAGCAGACCUCAUCAGGAAACCUCUCUGCAACUUGGUGUAGAUUGACUUCCUGUAGAACUGUGAGAAGCUUUGAGUUGACUGCUGACAUUUUCUUACUCUAGUGUCUUCAGGAUUGUGAGAGUCCGCUGGGCGUCACGGGGGAAAGUAAGAGCAUAGUUGUCUAUUCGAACGGUAAAUGAAGCUGCUAAGAUUAGCGUUCUCUGUCCCAGUCUUUUUGUUUUCCUUAAACAUUUUUGAGAAACCUCAUGGCCUUCUCAUAGACAGAUGUCUGAGCCACUCACAAGGAAAGUGUGUAAUUUUUAUAGUUCUUAACCAAUGUAAAUAUUCAUUUUACUUUUAACAGUGCAGGGUUUAUUGGAGUUAAUAUCAUUUACUAUAAUGUUAUUUUGUGGAUUUGCUUGUAGCCUGUUGAUCAUAAGUAUUGAAAUUGUUGCACAAAUAAAAGUAAACCAUAUUUAUUAAAUUAACAUGCUAAAAUUGUAUAAAAGUUUCUUUGAAUUAAAUUUGUCUGAUAAAUGA